UCCCACCUUCUCCACCUUCCCUUACAACUCCAAAGCUUCAAAUUCCAAAAACAUCAACAACAAAAAAAUAAAAAAUAAAAAAAUAUGGCGUCGUCUACACACGAACACCACCUCCAUCACCUCCCUACUCCCUACGGCACCACCACAGCUCCUCCACCAACUCCUUCAACCCAACCUAAUAGCCUCCUUUCCACCUCCGGAUCCGAAGCCGCUGACUCUCUCUCCCGUCUCCUCCACCGUAUUCCACCCACUCUUUCUCUCUCCUUCCCCGGUCGCCGCCAAUCUCCGCCAUUAACCACCACUUCCCCACCUCUCAUCUCUCUCUCCGACCCUAAACCAACUCUUCACUCUAACCUCCUCUCCGCUGCCAAACAACACGGUUACUUCCAACUCACCAAUCACUCAAUCUCCUCUCAGCUUGCCACCUCAGCCGAGUCCGAAUCUUCAUCCAUUUUCAAUCUCCCACAUGAUGAAAAACAACGUUACUUCCCCAAGAACUGGCCGUUGGGAUUCGAUAACGACGACGAUGAUGACGACGACAACGUUAACGGGAAGUCGUUAUGUCUCGACUCGUCGUGCUCCGUUGAGUCAAACUCAACCGAGUUGUGGUUGACCUCUCUCCGUGAGUUUACUUGCCAAAUGGAGAAACUUGGGUUGCAGGUGAUUGAAGAGUUGGCUUGUGCUGUAGGGUUUGAGAACCCGGUCGGAGAAGACCGAACCCGGUUCUGUUCGUUGAUGUGGAUAUCCGAGACUGAGGGCGGUUUAAGUAAUAAGCCGCUUUCCUCGAGUCCGUUGUACCCGUUUGUAAUCGGGUUAAGUUUUCAAAUACGUUGUCGGAAGUACUCCAUGUUGGCGGAUUCGGGUUGGGUAUCCGUUUCUCCUCAAGUGGACUCGGUCUUGGUGACCCUUGGUGACAUAGCCCAGGUAUGGAGCAAUGGAAAGGUGAAAAAAGUGAGAGGAAGAGCAAUACCUACUAGUGCUGAUAUAGCGGAAGGCAAGAGUAAUAGUAAUUCCCACAGCGUAUCAAUGACAUUGCUAGUGACACUUCCGCUUGAGAGUACUGUCACUCCGUUGCUUCCUAAAUCGGCGCCACCAGUUGAUGAUGGCGAGAAUAAUUCAGAAAGUCCAAUGUUCAAUCCUUUUUCUUUCGAGGAUUACGCAUGGAGAGUCUAUCAUGAACGCCUUCUACUUAAGGAUCCUCUUGUCAGAUACCGUCUUUGAUUAUUGUUAUGGAGUUGCCAUCCACUUCAAAUAUCUUCUCUGUUUGUUCAUUUAUUUAUUUGUCCCUUUUCUUGAAAAUUUACGUUCCACUAAUUUACCCUGCCCACUGUUUUUACUUCUCUUUCCAAGAGUGAACUUCGUGAAGAAUAGUUUAUUAUACAUUGUUGGGAAGCAUAUCGGUGCUGAAAGGCCACCUUUGGUGCCUUUUAAGUCCUUGUUCUUUUAUGUGUUUAAUGUAGAACACAUACUACAAUUAAAAUCUCUUUUAUUUGAAUUUUAAAUUUUAAAU